AAAACAGUAUACAACCCGCUGCCAAACCUUUCAGUUUCACUUCAUUUUCUUCCCCACUUUGCAUUUUCCCUUCCCUCUCCUUUCACUUUGGAGGAACUGGAAUUAACUGAAAGUUGAGAAGCAGUAGAUUGAACGAAGUAAACGAAGAGGAAAAGAUGCAUUCUUUUGGCUACAGAUUAAAUGGACUGCUAACAUUUUCCUUGACAAUUCUGACCAUAAUGUGUGCCAUCGCAUCUCUCUCGGACAACCUCAAUACUCCUUCUCCUUCUGCAGAAAUCCAGAUUAUAAACAUAAAUAGGUUCCAGAAGCAGCCGCAGGGGAAUGAUGAGGUGAGCCUGACUAUGAAUAUAUCGGCUGAUUUGCAAUCAUUGUUUACAUGGAACACAAAACAGCUUUUCAUAUUUGUGGCAGCUGAGUAUGAAACCCCAAAGAAUUCCUUGAAUCAGGUGUCACUCUGGGAUGCUAUAAUAAUUGCCAAAGAGCAUGCGAAGUUUUGGAUUCACACCUCAAACAAGUAUCGUUUUGUUGAUCAGGGAAACAAUCUCCGUGGCAAAGAAUUCAACUUGACAUUGCAUUGGCAUGUCAUGCCUAAGACCGGAAAGAUGUUCGCCGACAAAAUCGUCCUGACCGGCUAUAGUUUUCCAGAGGAAUAUAGAUAAUGUUUUCUUGGCCUAUGUUUUGAGGUUACUCUAAAAGCAGUGCCAGUAUGUUUGAGGACAUUAAACCUCAUUUGAACUAGAAAGUUCGAAGCGUUGAUACCAAUACGUCAUGUUUGAGGAAAUGGGUUUUUCGCAACCUUUUUUAAACA